CGCGCGCCUAUAUAAACACCGACGCCUUCCGGUGGAUCAAAAUUCAAAAGAGGGCAGCAGUUGGUCGGUACCACUCGUCUCUGCCCCUGCUCAGCUUCACGGAGGACAACACCGGGCUCCUCUGUUCCCGAGAGGGAACUAGGAUGGCCAGGAUGAUGGGCGAGCCGGCGGUGCGCAAGGGUCCGUGGACGCUGGAGGAGGACCUCAUCCUGGUUGGGUAUAUCUCCCAGCACGGGGAAGGCUCUUGGGACAACCUCGCACGCUCUGCUGGUCUGAACCGGAACGGGAAGAGCUGCAGGCUGCGGUGGCUAAACUACCUCAGGCCGGGGUUGCGGCGCGGCAGCAUCUCGCCGGAGGAGGACAUGGUCAUCCGGGAGCUCCACUCGAGGCUGGGGAACAAAUGGUCCGAGAUCGCCAAGCACCUCCCCGGCCGGACCGACAACGAGGUCAAGAACUACUGGAGGACCAGGGUACACAAGAAGGCGCCGCACCAGAACCAGCUUCGAGCGCAGCCGUGCCUUGCCACGAGCGAGGCGACGUCGUCGGCGUCGGCGUCGGCGUCCACGAGCCACGCCAGCUCCACCGUCGGAGACGAGUACACGCAGACGAGCUUCCCUUACCCCGAGCUGAGCUGGGUCGCCGCCGGCCACCGCGAAAUGGUCGAUGUGGGCGCGUCAGCGACGCGCUUCUUCCCGUCGGAGUUCGGCGACAACUUUUGGAACGUCCAAGACAAUUUCUGGGAGACUCUCCCGCUUUCAGACCCAGUGUACGAAGCACUAUAGACUCGCCGGCACACUGCUGCAACUAGCUAGAGACACCGCAAAUUACUGUAAAGGUCUGUUCGGAACCUGUCGAGGUCUCACAGCUCCGCUCCGCACGAGCAGCUCGGUUUGAGCAACUCGGUGUAAUUAUGCCGCUGUUUCCUCCGCUCCGGAAGCUGCGAUUGUGAAGUGGAGAGGAUCCCAACAGGGCCUUAUUCUGCGAUUCACUUGGAUGCAUGCUACUAGUACUGUGGUUACUUGUCGGAGAAAAAGCACUACGCGGGCUUGACCAAUUAUGCGGGGUGUAAGCAAGGCAGUAGGGUAUUUACAAGAAGUUAUGCUGUAAACUGGUAGACGAAGCAUCGUUGUUCCGAUGAGUGAGCAGUUGGAAUGCACGUGCACUUUUAAUUU